CCCGUCCGAUGCUCGCGCGGGGCUGGUGGGGCGCAGCUUGCGGCGCACGGACUCCGCUUGCUCCAUUGUGGCCGCAGCCUUGGAGAGGUCAGGAGGAGCCGAGCGCAGCGACGAGCGGAGAACCAGCGAACUGGACAAUGUCAGUUACAUGUUUUUUGAAAACUGAAGUUUAGUGGGCUGCAGCUACUUUCUGCCUUCUCUAUACCCUUGACAAAAGAAUACAUGGGAUGUUUGAGAAGAGAAUUGUAUUAAAAGAAGACUGUUUGCAAAUGGCUUCAGAAUCUAUGAAUGUAAAACAAGCUAGGAAUCACUUCACAAAAGGGAAAAGGCAACAGCAUCAGCAGAUUAAAAACAGAUCUUCAAUCAGUGAUGGUGAUGGAGAAGACUCCUUUACCUUUGAAGCUAAUGAAGCUUGGAAAGAUUUUCAUGGAUCUCUUCUUCGGUUUUAUGAAAAUGGAGAACUCUGCGAUGUCACACUAAAGGUUGGCUCAAAGCUCAUCUCUUGUCACAAACUGGUAUUAGCGUGUGUUAUUCCCUACUUCAAAGCCAUGUUUCUCUCUGAAAUGGCUGAAGCCAAGCAAACACUGAUUGAGAUCAGGGACUUUGAUGGUGAUGCUAUAGAAGAUUUGGUCAAGUUUGUCUAUUCUUCACGACUGACUUUGACUGUUGACAAUGUCCAGCCUCUCUUAUAUGCAGCCUGUAUUCUACAGGUUGAACUGGUGGCUAGAGCUUGUUGUGAAUACAUGAAAUUGCAUUUUCAUCCCUCCAAUUGCCUGGCAGUAAGAGCUUUUGCAGAAAGUCAUAAUCGAAUAGACUUAAUGGACAUGGCAGAUCAGUAUGCCUGUGAGCAUUUUACUGAAGUUGUGGAAUGCGAAGACUUUGUAAGUGUGUCCCCCCAGCAUCUACACAAGCUUUUAUCCUCAAGUGAUCUAAAUAUUGAGAAUGAAAAGCAGGUGUAUAGUGCAGCCAUCAAGUGGCUUCUUGCCAAUCCUCAGCAUCAUUCCAAGUGGUUGGAUGAAACACUUGCCCAGGUUCGUUUGCCGCUGUUGCCAGUUGAUUUUCUUAUGGGUGUCGUGGCAAAGGAACAGAUUGUCAAGCAAAAUCUAAAAUGUAGAGAUUUAUUGGAUGAAGCAAGAAAUUACCACCUUCAUUUGAGUAGCAGAGCAGUACCUGACUUUGAAUACUCCAUUCGGACUACCCCAAGGAAGCAUACUGCUGGUGUGCUAUUUUGUGUUGGUGGUCGGGGUGGAUCUGGUGACCCAUUUCGCAGUAUUGAAUGCUAUUCUGUCAACAAAAACAGUUGGUUCUUUGGACCAGAGAUGAAUAGUCGAAGGCGACAUGUGGGUGUAAUUUCUGUGGAAGGUAAAGUGUAUGCAGUGGGUGGACAUGAUGGAAAUGAACACUUAGGUAGUAUGGAGAUGUUUGAUCCUCUCACUAAUAAAUGGAUGAUGAAAGCAUCAAUGAACACAAAGAGGCGAGGGAUUGCCUUGGCCUCCUUAGGUGGCCCAAUUUAUGCAAUUGGAGGAUUAGAUGACAAUACUUGCUUCAACGAUGUGGAAAGAUAUGAUAUAGAAUCUGAUCAGUGGAGUACAGUGGCACCAAUGAACACUCCCCGUGGAGGAGUUGGCUCUGUGGCUCUUGUAAACCAUGUUUAUGCAGUAGGUGGCAAUGAUGGAGUAGCUUCUUUAUCUAGUGUGGAAAGGUAUGAUCCACAUCUGGAUAAGUGGAUAGAAGUUAAAGAAAUGGGUCAACGAAGAGCAGGCAAUGGAGUUAGUGAGCUUCAUGGUUGCUUGUAUGUUGUUGGUGGUUUUGAUGAUAAUUCUCCUCUGAGUUCAGUUGAGCGAUACGACCCUCGAAGCAACAAGUGGGAUUAUGUGGCAGCACUUACCACUCCCAGGGGUGGAGUGGGGAUUGCAACAGUGAUGGGCAAAAUCUUUGCAGUUGGUGGUCACAAUGGCAACGCAUACUUAAAUACAGUAGAAGCAUUUGAUCCAGUACUGAAUAGGUGGGAACUUGUUGGAUCUGUGUCUCACUGUAGAGCUGGAGCAGGUGUAGCCGUGUGUGCCUGUUUAACUAGCCAAAUUCGAGAUGUAGGUCAUGGAUCCAAUAAUGUGGUUGAUUGUAUGUGAUUUGAAUUCCAACCAUCAACUAUUAUUUAGUCAUAACUGAAGACAAGAAAGACAACCAGAACUUUGUGUGACUACCUUUAAACAGUUCAAACUGCUACUAAGGUCUUAUUUAAAUGUAAACUGUUGUAACUAAAUGCAAUUUCUGCAUUGGUAGUUGAAGAAUUACAAAGUUCAAUUUGAUACUUUCCAUUUUAGUAAAUAAUUGGAGUAGGGAAGGAAGAGAGUCUAACCUGAAAGCAUACCUUCUCUGGAAAAUUUUUAAAGUAGUGCCAAAACCUUGUAAUGCCUUGGAUUGAUCAAAAUGUAAAGCCAGGUCAUUUCACUGAGUUUUACCUUUUCUUUUGCCUAAAGAUGUUACCCUGAAGCAGAUUUUUCAUAGAGGGUAGAUUAGAACCUGUUCACCAACACAAUACUGGGACAUAUAAGAGACCUUUUGAAGAUCAUUUCUACUUGGUGCUGAUGAAUUUAUACCCUGCUGUUUUUCUAGGCGUUGGUUUUUCAAUUUCUUGGAUAUUUACAGAGAUAGAAAAAAUGUUUCAUCUUUCUGAGUACCACUUGGUUACAUUUUCAGACUCUUGUAGGAGUGCUGUAAGAAGACUUUAAUUUCUGUUUGAAUUAUUAGGUCAUCUAAAAACCUAGCUGAAAAAAAAAAAAAACCUAGCUGAACUAAUUCUAUAUGAAUUAAUUAACACUUAUUUUUUCAUCUCAUGUACAAAGGAUGUGUUUUGUAGUAAGCAAAAAUUGAAUCAGAGGAAAUAUUAGAGGAGAAAGCUUUAGAGUAGAUGUUGUUCUCCUGUCCGGUGGAAAGACUUUGAGAAGGGAUGGUGCUAUGACUCCCUAAUAAGGGCAUCAGAAAACAUGUUUAGUGUUUGUCUUUGAUUUAAUCAUUUGACUUAGAACCCAAUUUUCUUUUUUUAAAUUUUGCUGCUUGCCAUCUUCUUGGUUUUACAAAUUGUACAGAAUCUGGACUUACUAUCAGAAAAUGAAUGCUUUGGGCCUCCCUGGUGGCGCAGCGGGUUGAGUGCAGCACUGUGAAGCUGUCCACAGCCUCUGCAGCGCGGGUUUGAUUCUUAGCCGGCCAGGGAGAUUCCCACAUGGUGUGGCAGACCUCUCCUGUCACUCCCGCUGCUCCUCUCAGCAGUGUUUUCAGUCAUCUGCCUGUUCUGCUCCCUGAUCUGUCUCUGGUGAGUCCUCUCACCCUCCCUCGCCUCUGGCCUAUACCCUAGCUCUUGUAUAAAAAUAAAUAAAUCUUUGAAGAAAAAAAAAAGAAAAUGGAUGCAUUAAAAAAACACCUUUAUAGACUGCAGUUUACUUACUAGUUCAAGUCUGUCAUUACCAAUAAAAGAAAUUGUUGUUACAAUUAUUAUAUUUAAUCCCCUUCAAUAUAUUUAUUAAACUUUAAUUGAAAAUAUUUCAACAUAUUAAUUUGAAGCCAGGAUAUUGAUAUACCACUGAAUUAACAGUUCUUCAUAAUUUAAACUAGCAUUAUAAAUAACCUAUUUAUGUAUAUUUUUAUAUAUAUUAAGAACAUUAAAGCAUUCUAUUUUGUAUUUGCAAUGCAUCUUGGUAUUUUUCUUUCAGGCCUUCCUAAAUUUUCCUUUAGUCAUGCCUUAGAUUUAGUGCAGUUCACUGCUGGUCAGUCCUGUGGGUCGCAGCGAAGCUGGGGCAAUGAAGAACACUGCCGCUAUCCAGCUAGCCCUGAAGUUUAUUACCUAGUAUCUGUGAUGUGUCUCACCACAUGGCAGCAUGGGCUUGUCAGUACAAUAGGGACAAAAGCCCCAUUACAAAUCAGUGCUUGUUCGGGUUUAUGAGACCCAAAAAAAGAAAGAAAUUGUAAGGGCUCAGGCUAGCAGAUAAAAGUUUUUCAUUGAGCACAUUUAAAAGUUCCCAAAUUAUGCAAUUUUUUGUCAUCAGCCAUUGCUGCAUAUGAGCUGGUGUUCUCUUACAUAACUGUAACCAUACUUUAGUCAAUCCCAAAAUCAUUUAAUUCUAUACCUCUGACUGGACUGGUUACAGCUGGCUGAAUGUGGAAAAUAGGUCUCAGAAUCUGACUUCAGUUAUCUAUUUCUCAUAUUUAAUAGAGUUCUUGUAUUAUAAUGUUUGUCUUCCUAUGGUUAGUAGUAUGUUUGAUAUAUUUUUGUGGCGGAGGAUAUCUUGGUCUCAUUGUUUCUAAGAUUAUUUAAAAUGUCUUUUUUUAAAAAACAUUGCUGCCUUUGUUGUAUAUAUAGAGCUUAGGGGCAUAAAGAUCUUACAUUUCCAUUUCUGAUUUUUAUUAUGCAGUAGUCGUACUAAGUUGGUACUCUCAGUACCCACAAAAUGUGAACUCAAAUGGGAAAUAAAGUAAAGAGGACAUGUGACUAUUUUUGUUAGUUGAUGCACAACCAGUCAGAAGCAUAGCCUUGAAUGACCUGACAAAGGUAUGAAAAAAUAAAUGGUGCAGUCAAUAUGCAUAGUUUACUGAAAACACAUUCUUGAGAUAUGAAAUGAGAACCAGACUAAAAGAAUCAUGCUGUUGAGAGAUGGUACUCCUAGAAAGAGGGAAUUUUUAGAGAAGAUGGCCACUUAGCUCUGAGGCCUGUAACCUACCAAAAAGUGAUAUAAAAUGCAGCUAAAAUUUUGAAGUUAAUAGAAAAAAAGUUAAAAUUUGCAUAUUGCUAGAGCUAUUUCUAGGUAUUUUGUAUGGUUCUUCCCUGUAGUCAUUAGCCACUGCUUUACUAUAUUGCACUGUCACUUUAAAAACAAAUUGCUUGAUUUUAUUUUUAACUAAUUUUGCUAUGUUCUGUGUAACUAUUUUUUGUUUGAAUAAACUUCAUACUGUUUCGAAUGAGUAUUCUCUUAUUUCUCAAAUUUUGAACUGACAAUGCUGUUAAACGCUUAAAGAUUGUUGAAACUGUAUAAACUACUCUUACAAAUGUAAACUUGAUAAUUUUUUUCCUGUCUUGUGUGAUAAUGUACUUAGAAUUGAAUUCGUCUUACAAUUAAGAAUGUUUGUUGUGGUUUUACAUAUGAGACUUUUAAAGAAGUUCCUACUGAGAUGUCAUUGACUCUUUUUCCCCUUUAUGUGGAGUUACAAGUGGCAAUAAACUUCCCUAUUUUUCUUAAAACUGUAUGAAAACUAUAAGUAUUGUAACACUCCAACAAAUUAAAGCAAUAAAUUAUCUCAUACACCAAAUACUAAAAUCAGAGUUGGGUUCACAUCAGUGCUAUUUAUUGAUUUCAAAAUAUAUUGCAAGUAUCUAUUGAAAGGUCGAUGCAGGAGGCCAGAAUGCAAAAGCCCGCCAGGAAACCCACCUGGGGGCAGGAAUGCAGAAGCCUGCCUAGAGAAUUCAGACAAAGAACCUCCCCCUGCCCUACAAACCUUUUCCCCGCCUUAUGAACCCAGUUUCCCACCUGACCUCUCCUUACCCUAUAAAAGCCUGCCUCCCCCGACAACGUGCGCAACUUCACCGACCCCCACCUUGGGUCCAUGAGGUCCGCCCGGGGCGCAAUAAAUUUUCCCUUUCUUUGAGAAAUUUAGCCUGGCUCUCCUUUUCUUUACCGCGCCAAACCUUUCAUAUAUUAUGAAUAGGACGUUCUCUAAGAUC